CCGCAGAUGGACGCCGCCGGCCGCGGUUUGGUCUUCGGAGGCCGCCGUAGCGCAGGGGGCGGGGCUCUGCACCGAGGCCGGGGAAAAUGGCGGCUUUCGUGCGCGUCCUUCCUCGAGCGUUGCUUUCCGCCCCCGGGAAGCGCUAUGGCAUUUCUCCAGGGGUGCUGUCGCUGCUUCAACAAGAUCGCUCAGUUCAUUAUACGGUGAUGCCACAUGGACGUAGUGGACGUUCCUCGGUCAGUGGUAUUGUUGCCACAGUCUUUGGGGCCACAGGAUUCCUGGGCCGAUAUAUUGUUAAUCACCUAGGCCGUAUCGGUUCUCAAGUCGUCAUCCCGUAUCGCUGUGAUGAGUACGAUCUCCUAUACCUUCGGCCCAUGGGUGACCUGGGACAGCUUAUUUUUAUGGAAUGGAAUUCACACGACAAAGAUUCUACCCGAAGGGCUCUCGAAAACAGCCAUGUGGUAAUCAACCUCGUUGGAAGAGACUGGGAAACAAGGAACUUCAAGUAUGAAGACGUGUUCAUUUCCAUUCCUAGAGAUAUUGCUCGCCUCUCAAAAGAGGCUGGAGUAGAAAAAUUGAUUCACUUUUCUCACUUAAACUCAGACAGUAAAAGUCCUUCAAAAUACCUUAGGACUAAAGCUGAAGGAGAAAAAGUUGUCAGGGAGGAAUUUCCAGAUGCCAUCAUCAUGAAGCCUUCUGAUAUAUACGGGAGAGAAGAUAGGUUUAUAAACACUUACGCAGAGAUGCGACGUUAUGGUGGAGUGCCUAUGAUUGGCUUUGGCAAGAAAACCGUGAAGCAGCCUGUUUAUGUGGUUGAUAUAGCCCGGGCAAUAAUGAAUGCUAUCAAGGAUCCUGAUUCUAAAGGAAAAACAUAUGCAUUGGUUGGCCCUCACAGAUACUUCUUGUAUGACAUGGUCAAGUACCUGUACUCGGUCAUGCACAGACCCUUCUUCAUGUACCCCGUGCCUAGUCCCAUCUACCAUUUGAUUGCGAGAUAUUUUGAGCUUAAUCCAUUUGAGCCGUUGAUAACAAGAGACAAAGUUGAUCGGUUGCACAUCUGUGAUAAGAGGUCUCCUGAUCUCCCUGGCUUGGAAGACUUGGGUAUCAACCCAACUCCGCUGGAAAUGAAGGCCAUCGAAGUUCUGCGGCGUCAUCGUCAAUCAUUCUGGGUGGACGCUGAACUUGAAGAUGCAAAACCGGCCACCCCAGUCACUCACAUGUAACAUAGGAAUCCCUCAAGACUUCCGGGCUGAAAAUUACGUUUGUCUUCAUUGGUUUGAAGAAUUCUGUACAAAGCACGUUAAAAUCUUAGAUAAAUCACAUCCACGUUA